UGCAUCUGUACUGUGACCUGUGACAGCUGUGACCUGUGGCUGUGACAUAAUUCUACAUGGCCGGCUAUUUUUCUAAACCGAGAAAUCAUAGAGAAACAAGUAGAUAUCAAUAUCAAGGGUAGAUAUAAAUAAAUAUUGCUUUUGAAGAAAAUGACAACGAAGAAAAUUUUAAAUUGGUUUAUUUCUGAGAAAGGCCAACAUGCAUCGUAUAUACUAGCGGGAACAAUAGCAACAUUAACACCCGCAGCCUAUUUUGUAUCUCAUACAAUAUUUCUGGAACAAUAUAAAAAAUUUAAAACUCUUUACAGCAAAGGUUUUUCAGUUCCAGUCCCAGAAGAAUUACUAAAACGAUUCGAUGAGACUCUAGAACUAUUGAAGGUUCCUUCAAUAAGAAGGACUGAUUGUCGACCAUUUAUGACUAGUGGAUUUGACAUAUGCAGUGCAGGAAGUGGAUAUAGUAGGUUUGGAAUUAUUGUAGGACUUCCAAAUAAUUUUAUGUAUAACGAUGUUGAUUCACUGGACAAACCUAGAAUAAAGGUAAAUUUGGAAUCAGUUAACUGGGAAUUACCAGCUAGCAAUCAAUUAUUGGAGUCACUAAUUUUUUCAGAAAAUGCACAAAAAUAUGCAAUAGCACGUGAAUUAAGGUAUCGGGAAUCGGUAAAACCUCUUAUAGAUGUCUUUUUAACAACCACCGCCUUAUUAAUGACCUAUGGUCUGAGCAGAUUGUUGAAUACUAAAUUCAAUCUGUAUGUUAAACACAGAAUUGUUAGACUUGGCAUGUAUGGCUUGGUUAGUUUACUGUCCUUUGGUAAUUAUUUCUUGUGCAAAGAUGCAAUAGAGCACUAUUAUGAGGAAGCAAUUGAUGAAGAACUGAAAAAAACCAGUCCUAUAUUUGUAGAAGGCGGGAAAGAAUAUUAUUCCAACAUUAUAAAAAGAAAUAUUGCUUUAAGAGAAUUAAUGGGCAAAGAAGGCAGAAACUUAUACUCACCAUCGGGAAAUGUAAAUUAUUUGUUCAGACAGAAACAUAUUCCCUUAGUUGAUAGAAAAGGAUUUUUUGAAACUGAUAGUUCACAAAAAACAAAUAUUAGUAACCCUUCAUAAUUGUAAGACUUAAAUAUAGUGUUGAUUUUGUAUUUAUUAGUGUUUAAAUAAAUCUGAAAACAAAGU